AUGAGCAACGAUUUAUUAAAAUCAGAAAAUAAUAUAGCAGAGCUUUUAGUUGAAUCACCAGCAUUUACAUUUCAUUGCGCCCAUUUUAUUGCUUAUAAAGGAUUCAGAGAAACAUUACAUGGUCAUAAUUAUAAUGUUUCAUUAAAAGUGAAAGGACAUAUACAAAGUGAUGGAUAUGUUGUAGAUUUUUCUAUAUUAAAAAGUAUUGUUAAAAACAUUUGCAAUACAAUAGACCAUCGUUUUAUUAUACCCACUAAUAGUGACGUUCUAAAAAUCGAGAAAAUAAAUAAUAAUUUUCAGAUUACAUGUGAAGAUAAUUCUUUAUAUUCAUUUCCACAAAAUGAUUGUGUUGAAAUUCCUAUAAAACAUUCAUCGGCUGAGGAAAUAGCCCAUUACAUUCUUAGCAAAAUAAUAGAUGCAAUAGGCAUGGAUUUCCUUAAAAAUCGAUCAGUUAAUUAUGUAGAGAUAAGUGUGAGUGAAUCGAAUACUCAAAAAGCGAUGGUUUCCAGAUAUAUAUAA